GCUUCUACCUCUGAGGGACACACUGAGAUUGACGGCACCCUCAACAGAAUUUCACACCCAGUGUAACAAGCCUAGACGAUGGAGAGGCGACUCAGGCAGCUUGUCUUCUACUUCCUGUCCUGGACGCUUCACUUCCUGUCCCGCCCUGCCCUCUUGGAAGCCUGCACCACCGGCACGGCCAAUGAGUGCGCAGAAGCCGAGUUUGUGCCUGGCUACAAUCUGGCUGGAGAAGGGUUCGACAUCGUGAAGAUGGUGCGCAAGGGCGCGUACGUCAUCAACGUCAAUGACUGGCGCACCAAAAAGAAGACCUGCACCCUCUGCAAGAACCCCUUUCUGGAGAACAAGGCUCAGAAGCUGCCCCUGUCCGUGGUGGACUGGCGGGCCCUGUCCCACUGCAAGAUGAAGGUCUCCAGCAGCGUCUACGACUCCAGCGAGUCCCUGGUGAACGACAGCACGUCCAGUGUGGAGAACAACUGGAAGGUGGGGCUGGAUAUCGACAUCAGUCCGAAAUACAAGGCUUCCAUGAUGCUGGCUGGCUCCAAGUCCAACCUGGCGCAGUAUUCGAUGGAGAAAACCAAGAAGGACAAGUUCAGCUUCGCAAGUCACGAGAUCCAUUGCACCCAUUACAGUUACAGGCUAGUGGAAAUGCCUCUUCUUCACAGAGAAUUUGCCAAGUCCAUCAAGAGGCUUCCCAAGACCUACGACAAGGACACCCGCGCGAGCUACCGCAGCCUGAUCGACGUUUACGGGACUCACUUCAUCAAGCAAGUGCAGCUGGGGGGGAAGGUGAAGAGCACCACCUCCAUCCGAACCUGCGAAGCGUCCCUGAAAGGCCUCUCCGAAACCGAGGUCAAGGACUGCCUGGACUUCGAAGCCUCCGCCACCAUCGGGCAAGCCACCAAUUUCAAGACCGAAGCCCACCACUGCAAGAAGGACCAGAAGAAGCUGGGGACCGCCCAGAACUUCCACAGCAUGUUCAGCGAUCGCCACUCGGAGGUCACUGGCGGGCAGGCGGGCACGACGGACCUUCUCUUUUCUGGGGAAACGGACCCCGCGGCUUAUAAGCAAUGGAUGGAAAGUCUAAAGACCAACCCGGAUGUUAUUUUCUACUCCCUGCUCCCGAUUCACAACCUGAUACGGUUCAAGGGCCCCAAGAAGGACAAUCUGAAGCAGGCUUUGCUAGACUACAUCCUGGAGAACGCCCUUUUGAAGACCUGCUCCGGCCAGUGCAAAGGGGGUUCCUCUCCUAGCGCCAGGGACCCCUGUUCUUGCGUCUGCCAGGGGAGCUCUGACAUUAACAGUCAGUGCUGUCCGACCCAACCGGGGCUGGCCAAGCUGAGCGUGGUGGUAUCCAAAGCCACCGGAUUGUGGGGUGACACGACCAGCAAGACCGACGCCUUCGUCAAAGUUUCCUACGGGAGCAAAACGGUGCAGACCGCAGUGAUCUACAACAACGACAACCCGGUCUGGGGAGUCCGUUUCGAUUUCGGGCCCGUGAAGAUGUCUAUGGCCGAAGAGCUGAAGUUCGAAGUGUGGGACGAGGACAACACGUGGUACAAGCGCUGGAACGACCUCCUGGGGAAAUGCGCCAUCAAACUUCGAAGAGGAUCCGACUUAAGCGAGAUGUGCGCCCUGAACCACGGCACCCUCUUCUUCUCCUACACCCUGGAGUGCGGACCCAGCUUGGGAGGCCCGACCUGCAUGGAGUACACCCCCUCGCCCAUGAGCGCCGAGCUGAUGAAGAGCUUCGUAUCCAGGAAUGCCGUGCCCCUCCCUCGCAGCUUGGUGGCAGAGAUGAUGAAGGGCUACUCCAGGCUGGAGCCUUCGAGUUCCAGCGGCAACCGCAGCCAGGAAGAGUAGUCGGGUCAACCCAGUUUGGGAGUCAAGCUUGCGGGCUUUGCUUACUGCUAGUUUAUGAGGGUCGAAGAAUCUGCCCCUGGUUAGAGGAAAGAAAAAUCAUUCCAGCUGUGCUACAAUGCUCCCCCCCCACCCCCUCACUAUCCAGAGUGCCUUCUUAUAUGUAGCAAUGGAUGCUCCAAUCAACAAGAUACAAGAUAAAACUUUUUUGUCCACCUGACCUAGUUUCUUAUUUCUUUACCUUAUCUGGGAAUCUGUAUUAAAAAAAUCUGCGUUGGGGAUUUCCAAAGGGAGGCUCUGGCGCUCCUUAGGGAGGCGAAACCAUCCGGGACUGUUUCUCCUCAUCGCUCUCCAACGGACCCAACCGGCCACAGUGAGCUCAGAGCGGACACCCGCAGUGCUGGCCUUUGUCCACCAGAUGGCGGUAGCUCGCUGACAUCCGCUCUGGAGCUCCAGGGUGUGGAAGAGGAAGCUGGCUCGGCCGUGGGAUCGAGGACUCCAGCUGAACCUUCAGUUCUCCUGAGCAGCUGUGCGGAGGAAUUGCUGAUGUGAGGGGGAUGAAAUAAUUGAUCAGAUCAUUUUAUCACAUUUGUUCGGCACUCUGUCCUAUUUUCGAUUUGCUUCCUUGUAUCAUUAAACGGUUUGUGUUUAAAAAUACACUGCAAGUGCUUUUAGCAAUAAAG